CCCACGCCCCUGCAGCUGACGGUCCAUGCCCGCGCGCUCUGUCGGGACCGGGGAUCCAGGAAGGCUCAUUGGUCAGCGGGGACAGAGGGAGCCCGAAGCGCGUGAGGAACACACUGCGCUGAAGCUCGUUCCCAGAGAAAAGCAGGCAUCAUGAUUCCUGUGAUGGAAUUCCGGCAGUUCUCUGAACAGCAGCCAGCGUUCAGAGUCCUGAAGCCAUGGUGGGAUGUGUUCACGGAGUACCUGUCUGUCGUCAUGCUGAUGAUUGGUGUGUUUGGAUGCACUCUGCAGGUAAUGCAAGACAAAAUCAUAUGCCUUCCUCACAAAGUAUCAUCUGGCUCAGAGAACAUUUGUGAAGUGAACAGGAGCAUCUUCCUACAUUUGCAGUCCAAUUUCUCAAAUGGAGAAAUGAGAGGGGUGAAAAAUAAUCUGGAUCUUCAGCAGUACAGUUUUAUCAAUCAGAUGUGUUAUGAGAAGGCUCUACAUUGGUAUGCCAAGUACUUUCCGUAUUUGGUUCUCAUCCACACACUGGUUUUCAUGGUGUGUAGCAAUUUCUGGUUUAAAUUCCCUGGCUCAAGUUCAAAAAUAGAGCAUUUCAUCUCAAUGCUCAGCAAGUGCUUUGACUCCCCAUGGACCACACGGGCAUUGUCUGAGGUGUCCGGAGAGAAUCCAGAGGAAAAAGACCAGAAAAAGAGCGGAACAUCUAGGUCCACUACUCCAUUGUCUCCUGAAGAAAGCAGUCUGGAGAAGACGCAGUCCCUCAGGUCUAUUCCGGAAAAGAUUGUGGUGGACAAGCCGUCAGCAAGUGUCCUUGAUAAAAAAGAGGGGGAGCAAGCCAAGGCUCUUUUUGAAAAGGUAAAGAAGUUUCGACUACACGUGGAAGAGGGAGAUAUUCUUUACCUUAUGUAUGUUCGUCAGACUGUGUUUAAGGUCCUGAAAUUUCUUGUGAUCAUUGCCUACAACAGCUUUCUAGUAAAUAAAGUGCAUAACAGAGUUUGUUGUGAAGUCAAGGAAAUUCAAGACGUUACAGGAUAUACGGUGUUUGAAUGUAAUCACACCAUGGCUCAUCUGUUUUCCAAGCUGUCUUACUGUUACCUGUUUUUGGUGGCUAUCUAUGGAUUAACAAGCCUCUACACUUCCUAUUGGCUGUUUUACCGCUCACUUAAAGAGUAUUCCUUUGAGUAUGUGCGUCACGAAACCGGCAUCAGUGACAUCCCAGAUGUUAAAAACGACUUUGCUUUCAUGUUGCACAUGAUUGAUCAGUAUGACCCGCUGUAUUCCAAGAGGUUUGCUGUUUUCCUCUCAGAAGUCAGUGAGAACAAGCUGAAACAGCUCAAUCUGAACCAUGAGUGGACCCCAGAUAAAUUGCGUCAGAGACUCCAGACAAACCAAAACAAUAGACUUGAACUUCAGCUCUUCAUGCUCCCUGGUUUACCCGAUACCGUCUUUGAGUUGACGGAGCUGCAGUCACUCAAGCUUGAGAUCAUCAACAAUGUCACCAUCCCUGCAUCAGUCUCUCAGCUGGAAGACCUCCAGGAGCUGUCUCUCUAUCAGUGCUCUUUGAAGCUGCACACAACUGCUACUUCUUUCCUGAAAGAGAACCUGAAAGUGCUUCGUGUCAAGUUUGACGACAAUAAGGAACUUCCGAAUUGGAUGUACGUUCUGCGGAACCUAGAAGAGCUCUACUUGUCCGGAUCCCUCGGUCCUGAUGCUUCAAAGAAUAUCGUUCUUGAGUCUCUUCGUGAGCUUAAGUGUCUGAAAACUCUCUAUCUUAAGAGCAAUUUGACCAAAAUCCCACAGUCAAUCGUGGACGUGUCAAGUCAUCUGCAGAGGCUGUACUUGCACAAUGAUGGAACAAAGCUUGUAAUGCUCAACAAUCUGAAAAAGAUGACGAGCCUGAUUGAGUUGGAGCUUGUGCGUUGUGAUCUUGAACGCAUUCCACAUGCAAUCUUCAGCCUGACAAGCCUACAGGAACUUGACCUGAAAGAAAACAACCUUCGCUCCAUUGAGGAGAUUGUCAGCUUCCAGCAUCUCCGAAAGCUCAUUUGUCUCAAGCUGUGGCACAACGGCAUCAUGUACAUCCCAGAGCAUAUCAAAAAGCUCAGCAGCCUGGAGCGUCUUUACUUCAGCCACAACAAGAUUGAAAUCUUACCCUCACAUCUAUUCUUGUGCAACAAGCUGCGCUACCUUGAUGUAUCCCACAAUGACAUCCGAUUCAUCCCUCCCGAAAUCGGAGUACUUCAGAGUCUGCAGUACUUCUCCGUCACAUGUAACAAACUUGAAAACCUUCCAGAUGAACUGUUCUUUUGCAAAAAGCUCAAAACAGUAAAGCUGGGCAAGAACUCACUGUCCAUCCUCUCACCAAAGAUUUCUUACCUCACUCUGCUGACUCACUUGGAGCUCAAAGGCAACCACUUUGAGUUCCUGCCACAAGAGCUGGGUUGCUGUAGUGCUUUGAAGCGUAGUGGCCUUAUAGUGGAAGAGACACUGUUUGAGACUCUGCCUUCAGAUGUAAGGGACCAAAUGAAGGCUGAGUGAGGUGCCUUUCUAUAGCCCCAGUGCCUGUUGUUUGCUCUAUCAAUUCAGAGCAUUUGUUUUAUAUGAAACCAUCCUAAACCCUAACUAUUACACUACUUGUAAGGAACAUAUAUUGCCGUAUUAGUGUGGCAGCUACAGGGAUUUUUCAGCCACCUGACAUGGAAAUAAGGGAAAAAUAAAUGUACUUCUUUUGCUGCAGUGGGAAAUGUAUGAAUAAUGUUGCUGUACAUUGAACAUUGAUUAGUCACUAAAAGGGCUUGUGGUUUGCAGGUCAAGCAAACCCUCUAGUGUCUUAUACUUGUGUUAUUCCGAUAUUUAUCUUCUGAUUUGUGUCAUUGACUGAAUUAUGUUGUUCUGCUAUUGUCAUGUCCACAUAUAGUUUUUGAUAAGGAAAUGUAAAUCUAAAAUGAAGAAAUAAUUUACUGCAAAUGGAGUAAAUGGAAGCUAGAAGUCCACAGUCCUUCAACUAUUUUGUAACUUUUGGAAAAUGAUUGUGUUCAAUUUAAGUAUUUUUCAGCGCUGGAUAAGUAUGGAAAAAGAAAGUUGAUGAAAACAAAUAUUUUAAGACAUUUUCUUUGUGCCAUGUUCUAGAUGAUAAAUAUCCAAACCAUUUUAUUGUUAAAUUUUAAGUAAAAGAUGCACAUCCAUCAACCUAUACGUUUGUCUAUUUAUUCAAAAAACCAUUCAUGCACCCAUCAGUCUCUUCAUUAGUUUUUCAACCCAUUCAUUCCUUUAACCAUGCAUAAACCCAUCAGUUAUAAUAUUCUUUCAUAGACUCAUUAUUCUAUCAAUAAUGAUACUUUGAACUGCAUAUUCGUCAACCUACAUGUCCGUCCAUUCAUUCAUCUACCUAUCAGUCAGGUCCGUCUGCCCUCUAUUGACCUUCAGUUUGUCCAUCUGUUGGAUUGUCCAUUUAUCAGUCUAUUACUCUAUCUGUCUGUCCAUAUAAUCAUUUCUACAUAUUCAUCUUGCUGUCCAUACGUUCAUCUAUCUGUCCAUUCACUGACCCUUAAAUACAUCCAACUUUCUCUCUGUCCAUCAAACCAUCCAUCCAUGAGUCAGUCUGUCCAUUCAUGGAAAAAAAACAAAACCUUUGGAAAUAUUGCAAAUUUGAAUUAAAGAUCUACAAGAGCCCUGGCAGCCUUACACCUUCAUAUGUAUGCAAUAUCCCAACCCCAUUUCCAGAAUGUUUUGCUAAUAAAAACCUACAUUUAACUUUUGUUAAAUUGAUCAUAUCAGCUACUAAUACUGAAUAACCACAGGACUUAAAGGUCACAUGAAUUUGUACAAAACAUUAAUUAAUGAUUAGAUAAAGUCUUUAUUUAUAAUACUUACACUUACACUUGCUUAGUGAUCUGUUGACUGCAUAACUUUCCAAAACAGUCUUAACUCUACGUUGUAUAGAUAUUUACCUUUUGCCUUCACCCUCUGAGUUUUUCCACUAGGUUUUUUUGGACUGAUUUGCUGGCAUCCAUUUCUAAAUGUAUUUAUGUUUUCUAUUGUGAAUAGAAAAAAAGGAGAUGAUUAAUAAAGGUUAAAGUGAAUUCCUUUGCUGUUGUCUCUGUUACAGCAAGACUAAAACGGCUUGAUAUUAAGAUAAUCCCAUUUUAGGUCAUUGUUGCUUUUCUGGAAAUGGGGUUGGUCUAUUACACAUCUUUCAAGAGACUUAUUUCACACUGAAGUAAAGCAAAGAAAAUGGCAGAAACUAGUCAGGACUUGGCUUCCCUUUUCUGCAAUGUAGAAAUUUGUCAUUUAAAGUGCAUUAAACUUGGCAAAUUACA